AUGGCAGAGUGGGCUGCUGGCAGAAGCCUUAUUUUGGUAAACAGAGGUUUUACACCUACGUGUGUGAGAUCCCAGGGAAGCUCCACAGUGGAUCUAGCGUGGGCGACACCAGCUAUGUUCAGUAGAAUCAAAAAGUGGUACGUAGACUUAAAGAACCCUACGGCCUCCGAUCACCUAUAUAUUAGGAUGACGUUGGGAUCUUCACUGACUCUAAUCAAAAGAAGAGCUAAAGAAUCUAAACGUAGCUUCCCUAGAUGGAAUAAAAACAAGAUAAAUAUGGAUCGAUUAACGGCCGCAAUCACGGCCAAGACUUGGUGCGAUAGGAACCACCUGGAGCAAAAUGCGCAAUCACAGGUGCAUUGGAUAGAAGAGGCAUUACAUGAAGCCUCAGAUUUAGCAAUGUCAAGAAGCAAAAGAAGACAUCAACAUAACACCUAUCGGUGGUGCGAAGAAACUGCGUCUUUAAGAAAUAAAUGCAUAAAAAUAAGAAGGAAACUAACUAGAGAAAAGAAAAAAGAUAAGGAAGAAGACAGUACUAUAAUAAAAUCAUUAACUAAAAAGUACAAAGAAACGCAGAAGAAACUACGGAUAGCUAUACGCAGAGCUAAAAAUAAUGCAUGGAAAAAUCUAAUGGCAACAAUUGGCCAAGAUCCCUGA